GAAGAAGAAGAAAAGUUUCGGGAAGAGGCGGAGGGAGGGGAUUCCGGAGUGAUAGUAAAGUAAUCCGACAGCGAGCAUGAUCGACACCGAGCCGCAGAGCGCUCCAACGUCGGCACCUGUGGAAGAGCAGCCACAGCCUGAGAGGAAAGUCAUAGCCACCUUGGUCCAAGGCACAGUGAAGUGGUUCAAUGUGCGUAAUGGAUAUGGCUUCAUAAACAGGAAUGAUACCAAAGAAGAUGUGUUCGUUCAUCAGACCGCGAUCAAGAAGAACAAUCCUAAGAAAUUCCUCCGCAGUGUUGGAGACGGGGAGAUAGUAGAGUUUGACGUGAUUGAAGCCACUAAGGGCUCAGAAGCAGCCAAUGUAACCGGUCCAGGUGGACUUCCAGUCAGAGGUAGCCGCUAUGCACCCAACAAACGGCGCUUCCGUCGACGGUUCUUCCCCCGCAGCCCAAACCCUGAAGACGAGAGCAAACCAGUUGAUGGCCAAUCCUCUGCUGUUGAGGGCGAGGGAUCAGGAGAGAAUGAUGGAGGGAGACCUCAGCAGCGCCGGCGGAGGCCCCGCAGACCACGGCAGGAGGCACAAGAUGGUGAGACCGGAGAGCAAAAGAACGGCGUGGCAGAGGGAGACGAAACACAGCGACCACCACAGCGCAGAUUCUGGCGCCCAUACCGCAGACCGUUCCGUCCUCGCCCACCUGCUGAUCAGGCUCCAGACGGCCAGCAGGCUGCUCCAGAAGAGAGCCAGGAGCAAGGAGAAGUGAAGCAGACGGAGGCCUCUGAGGGCCCCCAGACCAACGGAGAAGCAGCCGAGGACCCGAAACAACGGCGCCAGACGAGACGCCGCAGGCAAAGGAACUCUGAGUCCUCUACAUCAAAAAAUGAUACAGAGAAGUCUGCAUCAGAGCCAGGUACCCCCCCUCAGACCUCUAAACCAGCUGACCUUAAAGCCACAUCAAAAUCAUCAAAGUCCUCCCCCAAAACCUCUCCUAAAAUGCCAAAAUCAUCUGAGCAGGCAGCUGCCGCAACAGUCCCGGCACCAGCACCACAGUCCCGGCACCAGCACCAACAGUCCCGGCACCAGCACCAACAGUCCCGGCACCAGCACCAACAGUCCCGGCACCAGCACCAACAGUCCCGGCACCAACAGAAUGAUGCUAGUGAGAGGACAGUCUUAUGACCCCUUGGUCCUAGGGUUGGAGGACUGAACCUAUUUCAGAACGCAUGCGCUGCUCGCCCCUCCCUGCACUCUCCCUAACCUCCAACCCACUCAGUUUCGCUGUCAUCCCUCAGACCCCCACCCCUUUCAUGUAGUCUUGUGUUGGCCUGUCUACACUGACAUUUGAACAGGGAUGAGGUAGGGAAAUAAAGGAUACAAGUGGGUGGUGGGUGCAUAUUUAGACAUUGAAAGUACAUCUUUAAAAGACAAAUUGGAAAUAAUAGACGACCUGCUUGGUGGCCCAGUUAUUCCAACCCCCCUUUAAAAAAACUUUUCUUUAAUUGCCUAGAUGGGACGCGUCAUGUAAUUUAUACAGGAACCAGCCUUGAUUUUUAUUUAACUUUUCUUAUUAAAUUUGGUUGAAGAGGGGAAAAACCAAGCACGUGUGAGGUUGGUGGUGCAUUAUGGGAGGCAGUUUAGUUCUCUUCUCAGAUUACCACCUCAAGCGAUUCUUAAAACGUACUACUCCCGUCAUCUCCUCAGGUGAGGAUGGAUUGAUGAAAAUAAACUUUUUUGUUUUACUAUUUAUGUGUGCUUUUCUUUGGAGGGGAUUAUGUGCAAUGUCGAUAGUUAAAUCUCUUAAUAAAUCAUGUUUGCAAAUCU